AAUUCUUUUGCAGGACUAAAGACACUAAACGCCUUGAAAAUGAAUUCUUUUCCUCACCAACUAAUCUAUCAACCAAACGGUUCCCCGAAUGGCCCUGUUUCGCCAGUUCAUUCGCCUACACAUACGCCGUCUCCGCCGACGACUUCUCCAGGACAAACUUCUCCUCUAAGCUAUCCUGUUUCACAUGGUGUACCUGCGAUUUAUUCUGGUGGUAACAUGUUAUUUCCGUUUCAAUCUAAAUUACAACCCAAAUUACAAUCACCUUUGAAUCAUGCGUUUGCUUCGCACUCGCUCCUUAAUCAAAAUUCUGGACCACCUGGACAAUCUUUAAUGCAACAGACAAAUAUGACGGUUUCUCAAUCACACGCUUUAUCUGUUACAAAUACACCACAUUGGCAAUCGCAACUUAGUUAUUAUGCUAUAUGCCGUAAUUCAAAUUCUCCUCAUCACCAUGCUCGUCAAGCUGCUGCUGCUGCCCGUAAUAGUAAUCUUGGUAACCUUGGCAGUUCAGCGAUUGCUAUAACAGAUCCAAAUAAUCCGAAUAAACCGCCACUAAAUGGUAUACUUCCAAAGAAAGAAAAGGAAGCUAAUGGGGAGAAACAAGAUCAACCAUUUCAACAAUGGAUGACAAUUGAUCUGGGUGGAAUGGGCCUUAAAAACAUUAGUAAAGAAUUAUUUCAUUAUAAUUUUCUUACAACGCUUUAUAUAAACCAUAAUAAUUUGACUUAUGUAUCUUCGGAGAUCUCUAAAUUAAGAAACCUAACUAUACUGGAUAUUUCGGGUAAUAAAUUAUCAGUUCUUCCACCAGAGUUAGGCAUGUUAACGAAUCUCAGAGAACUGUUGCUAUUUGACAAUUUGCUUGUGAACAUACCUUUCGAACUGGGUACACUCUAUCAGUUAGAAACACUUGGAUUAGAAGGAAAUGUGGGAUUAAAUGACACUAUAAAAUCCAUAUUACAAAAGGAUGGUACAGCAGCUGUGAUACAAUUUUUACGCGAUAAUUGUCAGGUUCCACCUCGUCCAAUAGAAAGGGAUUGGAUAAUGUUGGAAAAUGAAGCUGGUGGAGAUCGUGAUACUUUUACACUCCUUUGCUAUAAUAUCCUAUGUGAAAAAUAUGCAACCACUCAGUUAUAUGGAUACACUCCUGUUUGGGCUCUUGAAUGGGAUUAUCGAAAGGAAUUAAUUAUGAGUGAGGUAUUAUCAUAUAACGCUGAUAUAGUUUGUCUCCAGGAGGUCGAUACAUCUCAGUAUGAUGAAUACUUCAAGGAUACAUUUCACAAUCAUGGAGGCUAUGAUAGUGUAUAUUGGCCAAAAUCCAGAGCAAAGACAAUGGCUGAUUGGGAAAAGAAAUCAGUUGACGGAUGCGCGACAUUUUAUAAGAGUUCAAAGUAUCAAUUAAUUGACAAACAAUUGAUAGAAUUUAAUCAAGUUGCUUUACAAAGACCGGAUUUCAAGAAAACUGAUGAUAUGUUCAACCGUGUGAUAACUAAAGACAAUAUUGCAAUUGUAACAUUGCUCGAAAAUAAGGAGACUUUAUCUCGCGUUAUUGUAGUUAACUGUCAUAUUCAUUGGGAUCCAACAUACGCAGAUGUCAAACUUGUUCAAGUUGCAAUGUUAAUGGAUGAACUAGAUAAACUUGCACAAAAAUGGUGUACUAGUAAUUCACCAUACAAUUAUACUUCACCACAAAAGAUAUCUACUAUUAUUUGUGGGGAUUUUAACUCUACGCCAGAUUCUGGUGUAUAUGAAUUUCUUACUCGUGGUAUUAUACGACAAGAUCAUGAUGAUUUUGGUGACCAUAGGUAUGGAACAUAUACAUCCGAAGGUUUAUCCCAUAAGUUAUCUCUCAAAUCUGCUUAUUCAAAUAUCGAGGAACUGCCAUUUACCAAUUUCACGCCAAGUUUUACCGGCGUAAUUGAUUAUGUUUGGUAUAGUACAAAUACCUUGAGUGUUACUGGCUUAUUGGGGGGCAUAGACAAAGAAUAUUUGACAAAGAUGGUUGGAUUUCCAAACGCGCAUUUUCCAUCCGAUCACAUUGUAAUCUUGGCCGAAUUUCGAGUUAAACCUCCACAAACGAUACCGCAACCUCCUCAAUUUGGUUUAUCUAAUAGUGGUUUACAACGGCGAUUUAACAGUAGCCAAUUAAAUUCAAGAAGGUAAAUGCAGGGCAUAAAAAAAAAAUUAUUUAUGUUGUUUUGGACAAUGUCAAAAUUAUAUUUGUAUCAAAUUAUUGUUAGAUAUGGUUGUAAUAAUGGGUGAUAGUUAAAAACAAAACAAAAAAGGAUUUUGGACUAUCAUUUGUUUUUUUUAUCAUUGUAAUAGAUCAAAUCAUUAUUUUAUUAUUGUUUGCUACAUUCUUUUUUUUUCAUAUUCUGACGGCCCAAUUUGGGUAUCUUAUUUUUUUAUUGUGAUAAAGCUUUUUGAAGAAGCUUCAUCAUCCCCAUUUAUCCGCUUCUUCCCUUUUUCCAUGUAAAUAACACCGGCUACUUGAAUUUGGUGGACAACCAUUCAUAAAUUUUCUAUUUUGUGAGAAUAUUGAAGAUCACGGUUUUGUAUUAUAACAAAGCCAUUUUUUAUUUUGUUUUUUUUAUUUUUAUUUUUUCGUGUAAGAAUAAAUUUUUAU